AUGUCACAAAACUCGUCUGCACAAGCUGGCCGUAGCAGAAGAAUAACUUCUGUGAGGCAGUUGGAGCUGUUGGUGGAGUUCAUGGAUCGCCAUAAAGAUUUGGCACUUGGUCGUGUACAUAGUAAAGAGGCACGGGCACUUGCUUCUCGCCUGUGGAAUGAGUGUGCCACGAUUUGUAAUGCUGAGGGCACAUAUAGAAAACCCAAGGAAUGGAGCCGUUACUGGAAUGAUUUCAAAGGUAGAGUGAAAUCGAAAUUACGUACCAUACGCCAAAGUGUGGGUGGGACUGGAGGAGGACCAGCAAUAGAUAUUUCUUUGAGCCCUAUUGAGGAUAGAGUGGCCACAAUAUUGGGACGAGAUGUUGUCACUCCGUUGCAGGGUGUGCAACAAAAUCCUUUUUUGUCUCAGAACACUGCUGAUGAAGCAUCCCACCCUCAACAACCCCAAGAGUUGUCAAGUUAUAUGAACGACAUUGAAAUUGAGUAUGAGCAGGAUAUGACUGAGCAAAUUUCUAUCUCCGAUCUUCCUGUCUCGAUACAAAUGAUUGGCACUGAUGACCAUGAUACACCACAAGACUCAGCACCCCAACUUGAGCCUACAGAAUCAGAGCCCAGGCCUCGCCGUUCUAGACACAGGCCUAGAGUUCAUGCUAGACAUAGGUCCUUGUUGACGCAACAAGUAGAAGAGUCCCUGGAUGAGUCACGAGCUGCAUUUGUUAGGCUUGAGGAAGCAAAGCUUGCAGCCCAAACUAAACAAAUGGAGAUAGAAAUAAAAAAGGUAGAGGCAUUGCAGCAAAUAGCACUAGCUAUAAAUAAGCUAGCAGAUGCAGUGUCGUCUACAUUUGAUCCUGCAGGCUCCUCUACACUACAGCAUGGACAUCAUACUCAAAAAAGUCCUCGAAUUUCUUCGAGGGAUGAGAGUGACCAUUAGUAGUGACUAGAAGGCGUAAUGAAAGACGGUCCACGAGCGAUUGUUGGACUGCCCUGCCUUCUGAAAGUUCCUGAUUGAUUUGAUGCCUGUUGCUGUCAAUCCUUGCUUCAAG